AUGAAGUUGAUCACACUCGUCACGGUUUCGUUCAGACCGACCAAACAUGUUCGAUCCAUCCCAUCCGAUCCUUUCGUGGCGGUCGAGCCGAGACGACAAUGGCUUACACAUUGCGACGGGAGGAUCAUGAGAGAUGUACGGAAUAACGGAGAAGAGAUCAGAGUGCUCGUCAGUAUUCAGCUCUUCUCAUUCAUUUAUCGAUCAACCGAAACCAACCCACCCACUUUCAGGAAGCGUCUUGCCAGAAUUCAGACCCGAAUACAUCGAUCCACCGCCAUUACCCAUCAAUCCCUCCCACCGCCGCAUUCCUUCAUGGCACGCACGACUCUGGACGAUCUUCACUACCACUAUGGCGGCGAGUUGGAGAUCAUGGGUUCCUUGAACAGCACCAAGGCUCUCACCUGCCCGAUCGUAGUGCACUCCAAAAACCAGUUCUUCCCAUGCCAAUGCGCGCUGGGAGCUUUCCGGACCGCUCGCAUCGCCAACCUGCUCGAAGACCUGCACUUCCACAAGUCUCGGAUGGAGAAAGAGUCGGACAACGAUACCAUCGUCUGCAUUGCACGUAUUGGGAUGCUAAUCGCGAAGAACACCUUCUGCUCCAAGCACGACCCACGGAAGCACCAACCCGCGUUGAAGACGCGCGUGCAGAGCGUCUUGGAUAAGGCUCUCAAGUGUCCGACGCUCCUCUUUGCCGCGGGAGGCGAAGAUCAUGACUUUGAGAGUGUCGCAGCCAUGCUGCAGACGAUGAUCCCUCAGAACCCUCAACACUCAAAGAAGCGUCUCCGUGGGGCGGACGACGAGGAUACGACCCAGCCGCCGAUCACCAAGCGGGCACGUCCGUUCCACGAUGAUCACGCGCCGCAGUGGAGCAACCCUUUCGUCCGUCAAGAUUCUUCCGGUCCGCCAACACUCGACGCUACAGGCCAGGUCCGUGGAGAUGUUCUCGGAGAUGAAGCACAGAAGAACAACGGCCACGCGAGUCUGAUCAUACCAAACACAUUCCCCGGACCCAACACCCCCGAUCUGUCCCCCAUCCUCUCCUGCACCGACGACAGCUGGUGGCCGUACAUCACCCUCUCCGACGACGACCUCUUCCCCACGUAUCUCUCCGACACCGCUGCUGCUGCUGCAUCUCCCUCCAUCGAGAAGCUGGCUCUCCUCCUCGCAGUCGUCACCGCCGCAGGCAGUGGAUCUCUCGUCGCGGACUGUCGAAGAGACGGAGCUGGAGAACUGGUAUUGGACGUUCUCUGGGGAGUGAGAGUCGCGGAUGGGGUGGGAUUGGGGGAGGAGGAGGAGCAGGGAGGGAAGCGUGGCGAUCCCCGUCGAACCUCGCUCGUCGACUACCGUGGUGAGGUCGACAGUCGUUUUUACGGCUGGAAUUGUCCGACCGGGUCGGGCAUCAACGGCCUCGUCGACAUCGAAAGCUGCUGCUCGCCACGCGCGAAGAACGGACUGGGCCAGGUGACGACGACUUAG